AUGAAACUAAUAACAGAGGCUAUUGAUAUUAUGGCUAGUAUGAUUGACAUGCAGAAGAAAGCUAUAUCCAAGGAAGAAGAAACAGAACAGGCAUAUAUAUCAUAUGAUGCAGCUGAAAAUGCGUGUGAAAAGCAGCGGCAUGUGGUAGACAUAGCAAAGAAGGUAAUGCAUGCUGCAGAAGAAGGUUAUAAAGGUACAAUUUGA